AUCCUCCAUUGACGAAAUCAACUUGAUUGCUGAAGACAGAAUUAUUCUACACACCGAAACUAAUAAUAAUCAUGAAGACAUUGAAGGCAACAUCGAAGAUGACGUUGUUACAAGACCAAAAAAAAAGUAAAAAAAAAAUCGAAACAGCUGGAAGAAGAAAUAUUAGAAAAUGUUGAAACCGAUGAGAUCCAUGAUUGCUUGAAGGAGACGGAACAGAGACUUAGGAAAGCUCUAAAAACUGUUAAGCGCAGAGUACUUCGACAUAUUAAGAGCAGAGUGGAAACUUUUGAUAAAAGUAUAGCUCUCAAUGCCACCGUCACAUCAAAUAUGUCUCCAGAAACCAGCGCAUUAAAUAUUACUCUGCCAAUAAAAGAUGUCACUGAAUUCGAAACUUUUGACACGGAACUUGUUGAAAAUGUGGAGAAGAUUGACGCUCUCGUGUGAGAACACACAGGAUUCCGUGGCUGCUAUUCUAGGUGCCAUAGUGAAAAAGGGCGUUCAGUGUCAUUACAGCGCAACUGGAAAAGGAAAAGAUACGAAAAAAUUUAGGGAUACAAAUACUUUUCGUCACAUGCGAGAUGUUAUCUUUGAUUAUUUAAGAGACAACACAAAUGAAACAGAGAUUAAGACCGAAGUCAGCACCUGGCUUUCGAGAUCGGGGGACCGUGAAGGAGGGAGAAGAGCAAGAAAAUAA